UUGACACUCACACACACAAGAGAAGCUAGAAAUUAAACGGCAGAUUUAUCCAAAAGUAGCUCAGCCAUGGACUAAACAGCAGGUGUAAGAGGUCAGAGUUCACGCAGGGUUUUUGUUCUUGAGAUUUGCUCGUGGCAGAGGUCGAGAUUGUGUGUUUAAACGCAGUUUUCUAAGUUGGAUGUAUGUUGUUGUGCGAGGUUAUCUGAGUGUAGGAAAGAGUGUGUCUCCAGAGCAGACUGAGGAUGAGGACCUGUCCAUAAUCGAGCUCGGACAAUCAUCCGCCCCUGAUUGGUACUCUUCUCCCUUUUCGAGGAGUUUCGCCGCCUGCAGCCGAUGUGAGAUCUGUGGUCGCCAUGGAGACAGUGGUGAUCGUAGCCAUUGGGGUGUUGGCCACCAUUUUCCUGGCCUCCUUCGUCGCCCUGGUGGUGGUGUGCCGACACCGCUACUGCCACCCUCAUCAUCUGCUGCACCACUUUGACUCCAGACCCACUGUGGAUCUGAUUGGAGCCAUGGAGACUCAGAGUGAACCGUCGGAGCUGGAGCUGGACGACGUCGUCAUCACAAACCCGCACAUCGAAGCCAUCCUGGAGAACGAGGACUGGAUAGAAGACGCCUCUGGUCUGGUCUCUCACUGCAUCUCCAUCCUAAAGAUUUGCCACACUUUGACGGAGAAGCUAGUUGCCAUGACGAUGGGCUCUGGGGCGAAGGUUAAAGCGCCGGCCAGCCUCAGUGACAUUAUCACUGUGGCAAAACGCAUCAGCCCGAGGGUGGAUGAUGUGGUCAGAUCCAUGUACCCUCCUCUGGACCCGAUCCUCCUUGAUGCCAGGGCCAACGCUCUGCUCCUCUCAGUCAGUCACCUGGUGCUGGUCACCCGCAACGCCUGUCACAUGACGGGCAGCAUGGACUGGAUCGACCAGUCGCUCCUGGCCGCAGAGGACCACAUGGUGGUUUUGCGUGAGGCGGCGCUGGCCUCUGAACCGGAACGAGGCAUACCUGGAGCUGAGGCACAGAGAGAGCAGGCCAUUUAGAGCUGACACUGACAGCAGCAGACAGACAGACAGACAGACGGCCAUGAAAACGGGUCUGUUUUGUCCUUGAGCUGCUUUCCCUUUCUACAUUUCUGGACUCUGUUUAUUAACAGGCAAAUAUUUGGUUAAAUAUUUUUCCAAAUAGUGAAGUCUGAUGAGUAAACAGGCUUGGUGGUGGAUUCAAGGACUCGAUUGUCCAUUUGAACACAACUUUAGUUUUUUUUUACCAUAUGAAGGCUACAGAUGAUCUCUUAUUCACUAAAGAUUCCGUUCAUUACCGACAGGCAAAUGUGACACGUCACAUACAGAGUUUUCUUUUGUCUGUAGCGG